AUGAUAUCUUCAGUAUCAUCAUCAUCAUCAUCGGCACCAACAACAACAACAACAACAACAGUAACAACUUCUUCCACACCAACGACAUCACCUACACCAAGUAAUCUUCCUCAAUAUAUUGCACCAAAUCCCAAUGCUGCUAUUCCAAGUACCAGUGAUAUUGUGCAUUUGAAGUUCAAUUAUCUAUCCUAUGUUCGUAUGGUGGAAGAUUACAUGUUGACAGCCCAAUUUGUUCAAGCAUUACCUCCUCUAUUUAGCAAGGCACUUGAUAUCAGCGUAAAUGACGUAAUUGUAGUCACUAUCACAAGCGCAUCAUCAUCAUCAUCAUCAGGCCAAGGUCGCAAAAGAGAUCAAGUCAAUACUCAACAACAAAAAGACAUAUCAGAUACUGGUGUUUUAGUGGCUAUCGCUGUACCAAAUCAAUCUGUUACUCCAUUGGCUCAACUUGUACAAAAUCGGUCUAGUUCACUUUAUGAUUCUAGCAAUGGUCAAAUCGCUACAUUGAUAGAUAGCCAAUAUCCUGUCUCAAGCUCAGAUUCCCAAGGAAUGAACGAUCCCAACGGAACACAAUCAUCUUCAAAUUCAGGAAAUACGAAUGGCGGGGGAUCCAACACUGCAGGUCAGUCAUCAUCCGAUUCUUCACUUUCUCGUGGAGCCAUCAUUGGAAUAGCGGUAUCUGUGGGUGUGGUGGUUUAUGCAGCGGCUACCAUGGGAGCUGUGACAAUGUACCGUCGUCAUCGUCGUCAUCAACAAGAACAAGAGGAACAACGUCGUCGUAAUGCUAUUCAAGAAAUCUCUGCUCCUAUCAUUCUCGACCAUUCUUUCAGGGGCUCCUUGGUACAUCGGGAUCAAUUCUAUCAUGCAAGAUCAAGUUAA